AGGAUUCAGUAACGCUCAAGUAAUUGACUAAACACCACGUUAACUCUGUAACGCGUGGCUACAUUCGGAUCCUAGAAUACUGAUUCAAAUAAAAUAAGCAGCCAUGAAUAUCGACUUCACUGACAAAGUGGUGCUGGUGACGGGCGCGAGCGCCGGCAUCGGCGAGUCGACGGCGCUGCUGUUCGCCGCGCUGGGCGCGAAGCUGUCGCUCGUGGGCAGGAAUGAAGGCAAGCUGCGCGCCGUGGCGGCCGCGUGCCACAAGCUGCGGGGGCUGCAGCCGCUGCCCAUCGUCGCAGACCUCGGCACCGACGAGGGCGUCCACAAGACCGCCAAGGAAACACUCGACCAUUUCGGAAGACUGGAUGUCCUCGUGAAUAACGCAGCCAUUGGCGCCUUGACCUCUCUGCAGCAGCUGGACAUGAAGACGUUCGACGAGGUGUUCAGGAUAGACGUGCGCGGCGUGUACCAGCUCACCGGGCUGCUGGUGCCCGCCCUCAUAGAGUCCAAGGGCAACAUCGUCAACAUCUCCAGCAUAGUCGCUACCAUGGUCAAUGUUGGCAGCUUGCCAUACUCCAUGGCGAAGGCGGCGCUGGAUCACUUCACUCGCAUUGUGGCGCUCGAGCUCGCUCCGAAAGGCGUCAGAGUAAACGCAGUCAGCCCGGGAAUCACGGUUUCAGACUUCAUAAAACGCAUAACGGAUCAAACGGAGGAGCAGUACCGCGAGUGGCUGGCGCAGUACAGCAAGAACAUACCCAUGGGCGAGCCGUGCCUGGGAGACGACAUCGCUAAGAUGGUGGUGCACAUCGCCAGCGAGCACAGCCGCCUCGUCACCGGCGCCAUCGUCGAGGUGGACGGCGGCCUCCGGUUCACUCCCAUGGCCGGUAGUAGGUAAUGCUGCAGGACUCCACGUGAGGAACACUCUAAUUGAGAUUAAUUUGUAAAUAUUAAUUAAUGUUAUUGAUUGAUGUUAUAUGCUUAUAUUAAAGACUGCUUCCAAAAGUA